CAAAACGGGAGGAAGAGGCGAGCGAGCGAGAGCGGAGAGCAUAUAUAAAGUCGAAAACGAGCGCUCCUCCCAAAAGGAUCUCCUCUUAAAAAACAGGACCGCGUCGGGGGUUUUCCUCCUUUCCACCGCCGUCUCCAUCCCCGCCUCCUCUAAUGCCACGAAGGUGACCAUCUCGUCUUUCUCCUAUCCAUUUCCGCCCUGUUUCUAUACGAUUCGCCGCUCCGAGAGUUCUCGUUCGUGCCUCUUCGCGGUUGGAACCGACGUAGCUCGCGCGAAUUCUAGGUCAAAUCCAGUUCCUGUCGUUCCAACAUUGGUAUUGAAGCUUUUGGUUGUCAGAGAUUUUGCAUUGGAUAUUUUCAUUAAAGCCCUGUAUCGUGAAAAGCUGUCUGGAAUUUGCUAUGCCUCUAUAUAAAAGGAAGCCUUUUAACCUGGCAGAGCCACCACAAGAGUUGGAUCCAAAUGAGCUUGUUUUCCAAGUUCGUUUUACAAAGGAGAUAUUUCGGGAUUAUCAAGACUACUUGAAGAGAUUGAAUCUUUAUCGCCAAAGAGUCUGGACAUGUAAAGUUACUGGGAAAACUAAUUUAACAUAUGAAGAAGCUUUGGUCUCAGAGCGCCGUGCAACAGAGAAGGUUCAACAAUUCCCUAAGGAAUUAAUGGCUCCCAUUCUUCAUUUGAUCCAGCACAGUACUCUCAGUUUAAAAGAUCUUGUCAAUGAAGUUUACACGAAGUUACAAGAAUGUUUCUUUGAAGGCUUAGAAUUGCAUGGGAGGAAGGAGCAGUCUGUAUGUGCAUGCAGAAUCUUGAAGAUUUUAGAUGAUGGAGACACCACACUAUACAAAGUGGGUUGGGUUGAUAAAGCUAAGAAGGUAACUGACACUUCAAUAGUCAAGGCUGAUGAACUGAUACAGAAGAAGCCACCAUUUAGCAGGAAUGUACUGAAAGCAUUUAUCAGAGAAUCAACUUCCAAGAGUGCCCCAUGGACAGUUCAUGAAAAUCUUGCAAAGAAGUAUGGGAUUUCCACUGAACUUCCUGAAGAAUUGAAGGACAAGUUUAUUGUUCAAAAUGGCAAAGUACACAAAAAAGCAGGAAGAAGCAAUGUUAUGGAUGUGCGACUUAACAAAAUCAACAAGAAAAGGAAAGAGAGUGAAAAUGAAAAUUUGGAAGCCAUGGGUGUGAUCAAGAAAAAAUUAAAGAAAGAGGAAGAGAAACUGGAAGAAAAACCAGUUAAAUACCCAAUUGAUGACCUCUUAGUGCAGCCUGCUGCAGAUGAUCCUGUUUUCUCAGAUCGCCCUAUUCUGUCUACGGAUUUUCGUGUGCCUAUGGAUUGCAUUGGAAACCUUCUUAUGGUUUGGGAUUUUUGCUGUUCUUUCAGUAGAUUGUUGCAUCUUUGGCCAUUUUCUCUGGAAGAUUUUGAAAAUGCAGUCUGCCACAAGGACAGUGAUCUUAUGCUCAUUGUGGAGUUGCAUUCUGCAAUUAUCCGCUUGCUAAUUAAAGAUGAAAGUGACUAUUUCAUGUCUAUACAGAGCAAAAAAAGGAAAUCAAAGAUUACAUUAACCAACUGGGCUGAAUACUUAUGUGACUUCUUGGAGAUGGAAGGUAGAGAUGAAUUAUCAAAUCACGUGGCAACUAUAAAACGGGGGCAUUAUGGUCUUCUUGACAUCAAUGUAAAACUGGGAAUUCUCCAUGAAUUGGUUUCAGAGGCUCUCACAACUUAUGCUAUUAGAGAGAAGUUAGAUGACUGCAUGGAACAGCAGCAGGCACUUGCAGCUACUAGAAGGGAGGAACUUAGAAAGAAAAAAGAAGAGCAACAUCUGAAAAAAGAAGAGGCUGACAAUAAAGAAAUGGAUCAGCGACACAUUCUGGAGAAUGGCAAAGUAAACUCACAUAAUUAUGUUUCACAGCAAGGAACUGAGAAAGUUCCUUCAUCUAAGAAAAACCACAUUUCAGAAAAUGGGGAAAUUGCAAAUAACCUGAGGAUGGAUGAUGGAGGUGGCACUGAGAGAGUAAAAAAUUUAUCUGGUACCAAGGAUAGUAUGAAGGGACAGAGAAGAGGGAAGGACAGAGACAAAGAGGCUCGGGAAAAGAAACCUGAAGAAUACAAGGAGCAGCACCUUGAAAGGGAGAUAGAGAAAUUGUCCAUACGUACUAGUUCAUUAGGAAAAGAUAGAAACUACAACAGGUAUUGGUUUUUCCGGCAUGAGGGAAGACUUUUUGUUGAAAGUUCAGAUCAUAAGCAGUGGGGCUACUACAGUGCCAAGGAAGAGCUUGAUGCACUUAUGGGCUCACUAAAUCCAAAAGGUGAGAGGGAGAGAGCCCUUCAAAGGCAAUUGGAGAAGUAUUAUCUCAGGAUAAGUACGGCAUUACAGAAGAGAUCAAAAGAUGUUGCUCAAAAAAUCCUGCUUGAGGAAGCGGUACUCAGGCGGUCUACACGUGUUCGGGCCCAACCGAGGGAUAGCCCUGCUAUGGCAUUCCUUAGGUAUGUCAACAAGUGGAAAAACUGAUAUACUGACUGAUUGCUACCAGGGGGACUAUUGUAAAUUGGCAAUUUCUGUCACUGCUAAUGUGCCUUUUGCCUCAAGGUACAAGAGCUGAUUUUAAUCUCUGAUCACAUAUGGGAUAUAUUCCCAUGUUGCCUUUGUAUCUAAUCAAAGACAGGUUCUUCUCAGGCCUUGGUACAGAAGCAAAAGAAAUCGAAACCUGAUGUUUCAUCAGCCUCAAGACUUGCAGCAUGUGAUCUGAGCCUUCCAGCUCAUCCCAUUUUUGAAUUGCCUUGUUACAAAUUAUAAAGUUUCAUGACAUGGUUGUUAUCAAGCAAUCAAUUGUAAUUUUAUUUAUCUGGUCAGGCUGAUUAUGUCUAUCUGCAGAAUGUCCAAUUACAUGUGUCAUGGUCACACUAACAGCCUGCGGUUAAUGCAUAAUCGGUCUUUCUGGGUCGUAAAAGGUCAAGAUUUCAUUGU